UUUUAUCCAACAUGUCUCGCUCAAACUUAAUUUCUCGUCUUUAACCUCUGUCUUCAACCCAGUAAGUGAACUGCACGAUAAACCAGCGGUCGCCAUCUUGCAGAGAAAGUAUCUGCGACGAAUGUUACGUGUCUUGUGACGCUUGUUUUUAUCUUAGAAUUGAGUUCGCUUCAAUUCAAGUUCAGAUACUUGUACUCUGAGGAGCACUACACGUUUACUGUUGAGGUUUUCUCCACAUUGACCUUUUUUUUUAAAGUGAGUUACAAUUAAAAGAUCACAAUGACCACACAGGGUCAAAGUGACAGUUGUGGAAAUAGAAAUCAUGUUUGAACGUGUCCUCUUCACACGUGGAUUCACUUCACGCAGAGUGGAGUGUGUGAUGAGGUCGAAGCCCCAGCAGGACCCCGGUCACCUGGUUGAAUCUGGGCGCCAACAUGGCUGCAGGUUUAGUUACACAAGCGACCCACAUUGUGUGUCUGUGGCCGCGGGGACCGGCUAUGUGCUGGCGCGAGGCCUCCUGUUGUCCCUGUAACAGGAGGAGACACCACCCACCCACCUGAUCCUGUAACAGGAGCUCAACUGUGUUUUGGGCUGUUUCAUUGUUUUCCAGAUAAAAGAUCCUCUCUGCUUGUUAUUAGAGCUGAGCCAUAAAGCCAUAUCCAUAAUUAUCACAACAAUUUCAGCAAUAACAAUUCAACAAAAGUCCAACUUAUACAUCACAAUAUCUUAUUCAUGCAUUAAGCAAGGCCAUAAGAAGCUAGGUCACAUCACUGAUCCGCCUCCUUUAUGUAUAAUGUUUACGUGUUAGUUGUAAAUACUUCAACACUCUGGGACAAAACCCUGAAGCAAUAAAGUGAUAUCGUGUUGAUAUCAACAUCCACUGACUAUCUUAAGAUUUCUGGUCAUAUCGUGCAGCCCCUCCGGUUUAAUUAUUUUAUCGAGUAGCAUAAAUUAUAAAUUAAACCUGUACUAUCUAAUUCAAUCCAAUACAACCAACUUUGUAUCGGUCUUUUUCUUUUACCUGACGUCUCGAAUGGUGCACUUUUUGAUUCUGUUUCAUCACUGACGUCAUAGUGAAUCAAGAUAAACAGGAUAACAUUCCAAAAAAUUGGUUAGUAGAGACCACAACAAAAAGAUGAAAACAGCCAGUACUGUGAGUGGGAAGUGGCGAGUGUGUUUAUGAUGGUAAACGAGGAUAUGAAUUAAAGGAUUUUCUAAGUUUUCAAUCCACAGAACAGUUCAUCUGUAUGUAACGGGUGACUGUGACCACUGGUUGUAUAACAGUGGUCACAGUCACAGCUGGGAUGUCUGGAGAUGGUGAUGAAAUGUUGGUUUUACACAAUCAUGACAAUGCCGCACCCGAGUGGCAACGUCAGCUAAAAAAAACCUUAUAUAAUCUGCUUCUACACAAUGGGAACCGGUGAAAUGAGUAAAUGCUUGUUUUUAAACGAACUUAACUGUUAAAUCUUCACGUUUGAAAAAUCUUGUACCUUUAAACUGUUGCUUGGAAAUGUGAUGAAACCUUUGAUCAACCGUCACAUCCCUUUUUCAUUUUGUCAAGUAGUCUCCAGGAGUUAUUCACUGUACAUUUGUGCCAAGUUGAAAUGUUUUGCUGGACAGGUGCCAGAUCUCCUUCUCCCUCAAGUGUGAGUCUCCACCAUGGACAACCUGGAGGAGGACCUGACCUGCUCCGUGUGCUACUCUCUGUUCUCCGACCCUCGAGUGCUGGCGUGCUCUCACACCUUCUGUAAGGCCUGCCUGGACAACUUGCUCCGGGCGUCCACCAACUAUUCCAUCUGGCGUCCGCUGCGUCAGCCGCUGAAAUGCCCCAACUGUCGCAGCGUGAUGGAGCUGCCCGUGACCGGCGUGGACGCCCUGCCCACCAACGUGUCUCUCCGGGCCAUCAUCGAGAAAUACCAGAGUGACUGUGAGCCCCGGCCUCCGUCCUGUCCGGAGCACAUCAGGCAGCCGCUGAACAUGUACUGCAUCCAGGAUCGCCAGCUGAUCUGUGGGCUGUGCCUGACCGUCGGGCAGCACCAGGGGCAUCCCAUAGACGACCUGCACGCGGCUUUCAUCCGAGAGAAACAGACGCCAUCGUUACUGCUGACCAGUCUCUCAGGGCAGAGAUGGGCCCAGAUGUGUGAGCUGGCGGAGCAGCUGGAGCAGGAGAAGGCUCGCUGUGAGGCUCUGGUGAGGCAGGACCGGCUGGACGUGAAUCAGUUUUUUCAGACGCUGAAGACGGUGCUGGCCAAGAAGAGACAAGCGUACCUGGAGGCGCUGGAUAGAGCUGGUGCUGAGAUUUCCCGGGCCUACGACCCACUCAUCCACAGAGUGAAGGAAAUACAGGAGAAACAGCUGGACCUGGUGUCUCUGGGCUCGUCAGUGGAGGAGGAGGAGUCACCGCUGGUCUUCCUGGAGAAGGUGCAUCUGCUCAGAGAGGGGGUCGAGGAGUUCCUGAAGACCCCUCUGCCCUCGGUGAUCAACAUCAGCGUCACCCCCCGCGCAGCAGACUACCUGCAGCAGCGCUGGCCUGCCGUGACCAUCGGCUGCCUGGAGGAAGCGCCGGUCCCUAAGGUGAGCUGCUGUGGCAGAUGUGGCGGCGGGGAGGCCGACAGCCCGGUGCAGGAGCUGUGGUGCAAACCCACUUGUUCCGUGGUGCUGGUGGGGCUGCUGGUGCUGCUGCUGCUGCUGGCUGCGCUGUGGCUGGACCCAGUGGGGGGGGCGUCGCUCGGCUUCUCUCUGUUGUCUCGGUUCAGUCAGGUAGUCCACGGCCUGAGCAGCGAGCUCCUCACAUCUGUCUGGGACUCGGCGGUGUCUGCAUGCACAGUGAUGGAGGCGGCGGUGGAGAGGUGGAGCACACAGCUGGCCUCGGUCUGGGAGAAGGCACUCCAGCAGUUCUGCUGCAUUAUUUAAAACUCUCAUCCACUGAAACACCAAAGUGAAACAUGAACCCUUUUACCUUUUUAUUUAGAAACUGAGAAAAAUAUCUGAAACAGCUGCUAUUUGUUUUGGUCCUUGACAGUAGACUCAUGGUCGUUUGACUUUGGGCUUUAUUUUUAGAUGAUCAACACUGACCCUGAUGUAGCAGCACUACAGUGAAUAGACCACAAUGCCUUGCAGGUCCUCUUCCCUUCUUUCAGUUAAUACUAAUCAAAGGAGCAUUAAGUGACAACACAAACACAACUGAAUAUAACUGAAAGCAGAACGAGUCCAAACAAUUUCCUCACAAAAUAUCUUUUAUACUCGUAUUAACCUUCACAUUUACCUCCGGUGUUAAUGUUGUAUCCUUCAGCUUCAUUUCAAAGUGUUUCAGGGGUGUGAGAAAUGCUUUUACACUCUAAAGAAAAAUGAAUUUAGUGGAAAUGUUUUUAUGAACCAAAUCGUGUUAAUAACAAGUGUUUUGUUCUUUGGGUUCUAUUAUUUUAGAUUUUAAAAACACAGCCUGACAUCUAAACUAUGAAACAAUAAUCCCAACACAGAUGAUUUGUUUUAAAAAAAAAAAGCUAACUGGAGCCUUAGAUAUGAAAUUGGUGCCUAGAGACUCUUUAGCCGCCUUCCCAUCAUGCAGUGGGACAUUUCAGUACCGGAGCAGUAUGAGGAACGUGGAUCCUGCUGAGUGGAAGCAGCCGCACAGUGGAUCGGAGUUGAAGCCUCCACAGAUCAUGUUGCAGUGAUGCUGAGCGGCUCCCAGUCGGUGCCUUUUACCCAUCAUGCCUUUACCCCAGACGCACCUGAUAGUUUUAAGUAGUGGGCUGAUUUUCCCAUCAGGACCAAAACGACUUCCUCAGGACUAAAAUAGCGUAAUGGAACCCGGUCUAUUUUUAAAACAUACGGCCUCGGGGAAAGCUCCACCAGCACAACUCUGCAGCCCUCCAAUGGAACAGCAUUUAACUCGAGCACACUUUCACUUUCCAUCAAAUUGUGUUGUAUUUUUUUAUAAACAUUUUCUCUUCCUGUAUUUAAAAUAAAUGUGUUUUGAAUUCUUUAA